UUCGAAGCAGCACUGCAUCUCUCCUUCCGCCUUUGAAGCGUGUCUCUUAGACUUCAUGCUUCGUAUCUCUAACAGGAAUUACAUGACAGAAGCCAAGUGAAAGCCGUGACAAGGGCAAAGUCUGUCUCUCAAGAGAUGGAUGUGAGGAUGUUAGAGAUCCCUGCUGAGCUGUCCGCCAGACUCCACAGCACAGCAGGGCAGAAGCAGGGAUCAGGAGUCACAGAGGUCUCACCUCCACAGGUGAAAGCAGAACAUAAGCUCAACCUGCCUCUUGAUGUUGACAGCUACCCAUUCUCACGCUAUGCCAAGUCUGUAUUAAAGGAUACAUGGUGCCAGCCUCAGGGAUAUCCCCUUCAGAAACCCCUUACAGCUCAAGAACCUGAAGAUGCCAGAACUGCUUUGGAGAUUUACAAACUGAUUUUGCAUUUCACAGGAGAUGUCGAUAUUAGCAGCUGGCAGGAGCAAAUUUUAGGCAACUACAUAGUGGAGAAAGGCCAAAGCCUGCCAGCCUUGAGGGAUGAGAUCCUGGUCCAGCUGGUUUACCAUACUUGGAGCCUGAAGGAGGAGCAGCAAAGCCUGAGGGGCUGGUUGCUGAUGGCCUGCUGCCUAAGUGCUUUCACACCAUCACCAUCACUGGACAAACAUCUACUCAAGUAUGUAUCUGACUAUGGUCCAGGGGAGUACCGUUCACUGUGCCAACAUAAACUGCUGACAUCUAUGAAGCUUCCAUCUCCAACCUGCCGGAUGUACCCACCCACCGAGCUGGAAUGGACAUCCAACCAGAGAAAGGGAACCAUGUUGGUAGACGUUCACACCUACAAUGAUGAGAAGUUUGUAACUGAAGUGGAGUCUUGGACCACAGGAGAGCAGCUAGCGUCGUGGAUUCUUCAUUUCAGAGGUGUUUCGGAAGUGGUACAGGGCUGGUCAGUGUCUCUUUUUUCAAUCGAUGACGGCUGGUCUGAUUUAGCUGGCUCAGAUUUUGUCAUGGAUCUGCUGGCUGGAGCUGAAGCUGAAGUGCUCCCACCAGAAGGGACUCCCACCUCUACUUACUCUGAUUACCUGUUCAGCAACCAGGGAGAUAGGAUGUUAACAACCGAUCAAGAUGACUUUAUACCACCAGCACCACCCAUACAAGCUCCUGGUCUACCUCCUUUUGAAGGAAACCAGUGGAGAAGAGAUUAUCCACAGGAAGGGCGCAGUCGACAGAUGGAGGCCUAUGUUGAUGACAUAUUUGAACCCGUACUGGACAAUGGACCUCCAGACAUGGAAAGAGUAGCUAUUCUGAAUCGCAGGAUGAGAGGGGGAGGGGGGAUUGGACCGAUGCACUCUGGCAUGUAUGGAGCAGGUAUGCCUAUGACAAUGCCAAGCUAUCCUUUGGGAGCACCAGUCAACCCCGCAAUGCCCAGUUAUGGUGCAAAUCCCAUGAUGCCAGCCAUGCCAGCCAUGCCAGCCAUGAUGAUGCCUCAGGCCCCCAUGCCUGCUCCUGCUGCUGACCCCAUGCAGAUGGCAGCAGCAACGCAACAGGCUCUAAUCAACCAGCAAGCCCUUCUCAUGGCCCAGCAGAUGACCAUGCAGGCAAUGACUCUGUCCCAGCAGCAGGCACAGGAGCAGCAGAAGAAGGAGCAGGAGAGACUGAAGAGGGAGGAACAAAGGCAGAGGGAACAGGAAAGAAGGCAGGAGGAUGAGAGGGAACGGAGGCGUAGAUCAGAACGGCGUUCUAAGGACCGUUCAAGUUCACCUCCUCCUCAGUCUCGCUCACCCCCACCUGUCCAGUCCAAAGCAUCUGCGCCUAAAAUCACCCAAAACUACAGUCAGCCUGAGGCAGAGCCAGAAACAGAAGUAAACUUAGAUGCAGAUGAGCUAUACUCUGUCAAAGAUAAAAGGGACUUCUUCCAGAAGAUUGCCACUCAGCCCAACCCUAAAGACCCUAAAACCCUAAAGACACGUCAAGCCCCAAGCACAACCAGACAGCAACAGCACUCACCUCCAUUAACUUCUCCUUUGCUCCCACCUGUAGCAGCUAAGCCAGAAGUGAAACAUCCACAAAGCCCACCUGCAAGGGAAGUUGACCCCCCAAAAGAAAAACCAACCCCAACUCCCCUCACUAAGCCUCAACCUGAACCCACUUCCAACAUUCGGGAAAUCAUCAAACAGUUCAACAGCCGACCACAACCAGAACCCGAACCCUUUCAGCCCGUCAGACACCCUGCAAAAUCAUUUGUAAAGAAGAGUAACCCCAAAGAGGAAGCUCUGGCUAAGCUUAAAAACAAAGCACCAGUGGCACAACAGAAGAAACAGUGGCUGCCUCCUCCACCCCCUUCUCCAAAGACCCAUUCACCACAGAAAUCUCCACCAUCAACAAGGGGUCGCAGAGUCAUCUCCAACAGCAUGAGACAGAAACAGCGCUCCCUGGAGGACCUGUUCAGCUCCCAGCAGCCCCAGCACCUUCCUCCUUCUCCCCCUGACUCCCCACCACCUUCCCCAGGCUUUCAGGACAUCCCUGAGCCACCAUCAAUGGCUGCUCCAUCAAUAAAUGAUGAUAUGCCAGAGGACGAAGGCAUUCAGUCCAAACUCCACCGCUUCUCUGCUGGGGUUUACUUCUCAUACUACAACAUGCCAGGAAAACUGUUCCUGCGAAAAGAAGUUUUUUACCCCAGAGAGAUGUUUAACCAGCCCUAUAUUCUUAAUCUGUUGUGUGAACAGAUAAUCAAGGACACUUACUCUGACAGCUGCGAGAAGAUCAGCAAAGAGGAGAGAAGGAAGAUGAAAGAUCUGCUGGCAAAUUUCAACAUAGGAACAACUAUAAACACCAUCCAGGACAACAACAUGAAGAAGAGGAUUGUCAUUGCAGCUCGAGACAACUGGGAAAACUACUUUACUCGUCUGUUCCCUGUGAAGCCAGACAGUGGGGAUGCCCAGGUGUUGGGUGUCUCUCAUCGCGGGAUUCGUCUCCUUAAGAUGGUGAGGGCAUUGGGGAUAAACCCCAAACAUCUCCGGCUACUCAGAGGUUACAGUUUUGCAGAGGUGCUGUCAGCUGAACUUCAGGGUGAAGACACAGUGGCACUGAAGCUGAAGAGUGAAAAACUGGUGUUGCAGUCACGCAGGGCUCCUCAGAUCAUUGCUAUGAUUCAGUCAUUCAUCCAGGAACUCAUCAAGGACUCAAACCAUGUAGUUGCCCUGAAGAGUUUUGUAACAGAUGACAAGAGUCUACUCAGCUUCAAUAAGGGUGAUAUAAUCAAACUGCUGCCAAUGGAAGGGCUAGAGCCAGGCUGGCGUUUUGGCAACAAGGGAAGACGUUCUGGUCUUUUUCCAGAAGACCUCACCAAGCCAUCUGCAGCCCCAGACUACCACUGUCUCAAUCUAAACCACAGAGAUGAGAAGAGGAAAAGCAUGAGGAAGACUCUCAUCAACAAACACAUGGGCAGCAGUAAUUCAAAGCAGCCUGGAAGAGAGGCUUCACCCCACGAUUUGGUGCAUGGAUCUCUCCAGAGAUCACAACAGAGCUCAAUGCAGGGCUCAGUCCUCAACUUAGAGGUGAACUCACCGAUGGCUGACUUUGCCAUGAAGUACUUCAGACUGGGGACAACAGGUCUGCCAGCCAACGGAAGGAAUUUUUCACAAGUGAUUGAAUACACAGAGACUCCCAUCCAGGAAUCUCUCAUUCUCUAUAAUGACCCUGAAAUCAAGGAGUUAUCUAUUCAGUGUUUCACAAACAUGAUGGAGUACAUGGGAGACAUGCCAAUGAGGAAGAACAGCAGCCAGCCAGAGUGUCUGAGGCAGAUUCUUCUGCUAGGGAAGGAAAAGGAACUGCUGAGGGAUGAAAUAUUCUGCCAGGUUAUCAAGCAAACUACCAACAACCCAAAAAAAUCCAGCUGUUCCUUAGGUUGGCAACUACUCAGUGUGGUGGCUGGCUUUUUCCCUUGCUCUGCUACACUGCAGCCUUAUAUCACACGCUACCUCGAUGACAUCUCUCAGGAUUAUGUGCACCCAUACCAUGAACUGGCAUCUUUGAGUCAUGAUAACCUCCAGCGCUCUCUUCGCUUUGGUGGUCGCCGCAAUAUCCCCUCAUAUCCCGAGAUAGAAGCAAUACUGGCUGGCAAAACUUCUAUCUAUAUUCCUAUCCACCUGCCAGGAGGAGUGGAAUUUCCCAUACAAAUAAAAAACUUCAGUGUCACUGAAGAUGUGGUAAUGGAGUUGUGUAAAGAAAUGGGCAUCACCCAAAUCAAAGAAAUCAAAGAGUUCUCCAUCCUUGUCAUUAGACAACAAGAUGGGAUGGUGCGCCCCCUUCAUUUUGAGGAGUACUUGUUUGACUUUCUGGUGGAGGACAACUCAAGCUCCUUGUUGCUGAGAAGAGUGAUGUGGAGAAUGCCUCUUUCUUUUAUCAAUGACCUUUAUGUGGAUUUCCACUACCAACAGCUUCUUGCAGACUAUCUGAGCGGGCAACUGAUGCUUCCUCCUGUCACAGGAGGGUCAUCAACAAUCCAGCAGAUAGCAAUGCUGUCAGCCCUGCAGCAUCUGGCUCUGGGCCUGCAGGACCAGCCCUCACUGUCAGAAAUAAAGGGUUACCUGCCUUCACAGACUGGGCUCCGUAACAAAGUGGAGGAGAUCCUCACUUUCUGUCAGGGCCGGAUUGCUGCCAUGCAGUCCCUUAGCCCUCAACAUGCCAAAGUACAAUUCAUUGAGGUUCUGAGUUCUCUGCCCCUGUUUGGAUCCAACACUUUCCUGGCUGAGAAGGUGAGCCAGCGUGGUUGUCCUUCUCCGUGUGUGGUCUGCAUCAACCAGGAGGGAGUGCUGUUCCUACACUCCAAAACACAGGAGCAAGUGUUUCGGAUUCCUCUGACUGAUGUUCAGUUCAUGUGCACCAUUCACCCCAAUAAAAAAGGCAAGGUGCCAGCCGUGGACAUUGACUAUGGCAAUCCAGCUGCUCCCAAAAAAAUCACCAUUCGUCUCAAACAGGCUAAACAGUUGUGCCACACCCUUGCUCUAUUAAUGGAAGAGCUGAUUCGACCGGCAAUCUCCAGUUCCAUUUCAAAGUAGAUUCAGUAGAUACAGAGAGAAAAGACAGGGUUUGUUCUUUUUAAUGUUAUUAUUGUUUUAUUGUUGCUAUUGUUGAAACAAACUGAGUAGAAACAUGCAGAAAUGAUCCUGAUAUGUGUGCUGUGUUAUAUGAAUGGAAACCUGCAACACGUAACACUCAUUAAGGAGCAUACUAAGUUAGAGACAAUAAGGUAUUAGAAUAAACGUAAGCCUUAAAUUUGAUCAUUAUCUGAACUAUAAACUGUUGUUGGAAUGCAAAGUUGAUUAAUUAUUGGAAUGAAUGCUGGUGUCAUUUAAGUAAAUUAGCAUCAUUAAAGAUUUACAUU